AUGGACGACGGCUCGGCUGCCUCCGACACUGGCGGCUCAGCCCCGUCUCCUCACCGCGGCCCCGCCCAGCCGCGUGCCUCGACCUCGGCCGCUCGCUUCCCUCUCUCGACCACGGCCUCGCCUCACCCGGCCACCGACAGCCACGACGACCAGCACGACGACGACGACGACGACGACGAUGAUGAAGAAGCGUGGGACGAGGUCGACAUCCCGCAGGCCGCGGCAGAAGUGCCCCUCCCCGACCUCGACGGCGCCAACGACGCUCUCGACGCGGCCACCGCGGCGCAGCGGGCAGGAGGAGGCGGCAUUGAGAUCGUCAUAUCUCGCGCGAGCACCAAGAGCAAGGGCAAGGGCAAGGCCAAGGCGGGCGAGACGGCUCGCGAGCGCAUGGUCCGCCAAGAGCGCCACAAGGUCCACGUCCUGUCGCUCGUCGCCACCGGCAUCGUCCGCAACAAGUGGCUCAACGACAAGGAGCUCCAGGCCCGCCUCGUCUCGCUCGUCCCGGCGCCGCUCCUGUACGCCUUCACCUCGAUCACGCCUCAGAAGUACCCGAACCCGCGCGACCGCUCUCGCCUGUUCGACCUCGCCCUCCAGGACCUCGUCUCGUGGUGGUACGCCGCCUUUGAGGUCGUCCCGAACCGCGCCCUGCGCCGCCGCCGUCCAGACGACGUCGACGACGAGGUGGCCGGCUGGGCCGACGAGGGCGAGCGCCUGCGCGCACGCGUGCGCACCAAGCUCGACAAGGCGCGCAAGGCCGGCCGCGAGCCGACGGGCUUGACCGACCCGUCCAAGAUCCCGCUGUACCCGUGGGAGGAGGCGCCCCUCCUCACUGGCUCGCAGCGCACGGCCGCGCUCCGCCGCCCGGACGGCCAGCUGCCGCUCACGCCCGACGGCGCCUUCAUCCGCGCGUUCCUCCCUGCGUCCGACACGUGGGAGGUCCUGCGCCCCGUCGCGCCGCCACUUUCGGCGUCGACGUCGUCGAGGGGCACGAGCGGCGGCGGCGGCGGCAAGGGCGCGCUCGGCAGCCUGUACGCGGCGGCGGCCAUGCUUCGCGGCAGCGCCGACCUCCAGGUGCAACUCCUCGUCGCGCUCAUGCGCGCGCUCGACAUCCCGGCGCGCCUUGUCGUCAGCCUCCAGGCCAUGGAGUGGCGCAGCAAGUCGCAGAGCGGCGCGGCGCCCAAGCGCGGCGGCGGCGGCGGGUCCGGCGCCAAGGGUCGAGGAGCGGGCAAGGGCAAGGGUCGAGCGGCAGUAGGAGCGUCGACGGACGACGACACGGGCAGCGCGGCGUCGGCGGCGGCGUCAGGGAGGAAGCCGCCGGUCGGCAAGGCGGUCAAGGGCAUCAAGAAGGCGAGCGCGCCCGAGACGCUCGUCCUCUCGAGCACGGCGUCCGAGGGCGAGACGGGCAGCGGGAGCGCAGGAGGGAGGAGCGCCGGCGGGACGAGGAGGAAGGGUCCGGGAGCAGGGGGUGGGUGGGUCGAUGGGCAGGGCAAGAUGGCGUACAAGGUGCCCAAGGUCAACCUGCGGCGGUCGAGCGGGCCGAGCGUCAAGGUCCCAGGGUGGAAGAAGGAGGAGGAGCUGCGGCGAGGAGCGAGUCCAGACGCCUACGCCCUCGCGACACCGCCGACCCAGUGGAUCGAGGCCUACACGCGCUACAACAAGGAGUGGAUCACGGUCGACCCGUCGCGCAAGCGCAUCCGGUGCCAGAAGAUCAUGGAGCCGCAGCGCGGCGAGAGCAAGAACGGCGGCGAGGGCAACGUGCUCGCCUACGUCGUCGCGUACGAGGAAGAUGGGUCCGUGCACGACGUCACGCCGCGCUACGCUCGCGCGUUCACCAACACGACGCUCAAGCUCCGUGUCCCGACGUCGACCAAGCAGCGCAAGGACAACGACGGGCGCGACUGGUUCGCCGGCGUCGUGCAGCCCUGGAGGAGGAAAUUCGUCCUGAAUCGCGAUCGAGAGGAGGAGCAGGAGCUGUGGAGCCGGUCGAUCAACGAGCCUUUCCCGACCUCGAUUGGCGGCUUCAAGAACCACCCCAACUACGUCCUCGAGCAGCACCUCCACCGCGACGAGGCGCUUCGCCCCGGCGCUCGCGACUACGGCCUCUUCAAGGGCGAGUACCGCGUCUUUCGUCGCGCCGACGUCCUGUCGGUCAAGUCGGCCGAGAACUGGUAUCGUCAAGGUCGCUCGGUCCGGCCCGACGAGAUCCCGCGCAAGUUCGUCAAGCAGCGCGCCGUCACGAUCAACAGCCGCCGCAAGGAGGAGUUCCUCAAGAUGGACGGCGGCGAGGUCGACGAGCAGCCGCUGUACAGCGAGAACCAGACCGACGUUUACGUGCCGCCGCCAGUCAAGGACGGCAAGGUCCCCAAGAACAACUUUGGCAACAUCGACCUGUUCGUCCCGUCGAUGCUGCCCGAGGGCGCCGUCCACCUGCCGAGCAAGGUGGCGGCAAAGUGCGCCAAGACGCUCGGCAUCGACUACGCCGAGGCCAUCAUCGGGUUCGAGUUCCGCCAACGUCGAGCUACGCCACUCAUGGCCGGCGUCGUCGUCGCCGCAGAGCAUGCCGAGACGCUGCGCGAGGCCAUCCUCAACCUCGAGCAGUCGACAUUCGAGCGCGAGCUCGCCAAGCAGCAGGACCGCGUCCUCAAGCGCUGGCGCAAGCUCAUCCAGGGCCUGCGCAUCCGGCAACGCCUGCUCGACCAGUUCAAGGACCCCGAGGCCGUCGAGGAGAGUCUCGAAAGGGAGCUCAAGGCGGACAAGAAGGGCAAAGCCAAGGCCAAGCCCGACGCAGAACUUUCCGCACCCUCCUCCGCUCGCUCGACCCCGGCACCCGCACCCUCUGCGCCCUCUUCCGCCGCCCCCUCCCCAGCCGCCGCCCCCUCUCCCCUGCGCAUCAAGCUCCCUGCGCGAGGCGCCAAGCGUGCGGCGUCCGCCUCGCCACCCUUGCCCGACGACGCCGGCUCGUCCGCGUCCGACUCGCGCACGCCGCGCAAGCGCGUCGCCGCGCCUUCUGCCGCCACUGCCCCAGCAGGAGCAGGCGACGAGACGAGCGGGACGAGCACGAGCGGGAGGUCGUUGAGGGUGCGGAUGCCGGUCAGGCCGCAGCGGGACGAGGUCGUGCGCGAGGAGGUCGAGGCGCCGAGGACGCGCAGGUCGACGAGGGCGAGUGCGGCCAAGGCGAGGGGCAAGCUCGUCGAGGAGAACGGCGCGAGCGAUGCCGAGGAGGAGCAGGGCGAGUCAGGGGCGCCAGGGCAAGAAGAGGAGGCAGUCGAGGGGGAGGGAGGAGGAGAGGGAGGAGGUGACUCGGACUACGGGUUCGAGUACGAGGAUGACUGAGCCUCGCCUCGCUCGACAGCAUGUGCAACGACGCUUGAGCUCGCAAGUG